UCUCGUUAUUGGCUCAGGGUUCUUAACAGCGAGGGACGACACCUUGGCCCGUCCAAAUCUCCACGGCCAGCUCAGUCCUCUACCGUUACUGGGGAGGACAUCAGUGACAUUCACCGUAUCACGCGGUUCGUCCGAUUCCUCUCGCACGGAAUCGUCGGCACAGUUUCGUCACCGACACAGCUUGUUAGGAGUUCGGUCGAUCGACAACGACCUUGAGUAACAAUGGGUCUCCUGGCUCUGGGAACGGCUCUGGAUUGGCCAGAUGCCAAACAGCAGGCUCAUCUUGUUAGGUCCUGGGGUAUCAAGCAACUACUUGAGAUAUGGAACAAAGCCAAGGGAAAGGAGCGAGAUGCUAUGCUCUGGGGCGAUGAGGUCGAGUACUUGGUUGUGACGUAUUCCAAAGACGACCCUAAGGUGUUGCUGUCUCUAAGACAGGCAGACAUCCUUCAAGCCUUAGCAAGCGACAAGAGUCUCUCCAAGGAGGGCUGUGCCCCCCCAUUACCGGAUGGGCCCCAUCCACAGUCGAGCCAGCCGCCUCCCGUGUUCCAUCCCGAGUUUGGGAGGUUCAUGCUCGAGGCUACCCCAGGCAAGCCUUGGGGUAUCGAGUUCAAGGAACUCUUGGAGGUUGAGCCCAACAUGAAGCUGAGGCGGUGUAUUGCUAAGGACCACAUGUUACCCAACGAAUACCCAAUCACGUUGACGACAUUCCCGAGGCUGGGCAGCCCGGGCGUGUUUACGGACCCCUUUUACCCAGUCUCCGGGCCCAAGUUGAGGUCGCAGUUCGUCCCGGACGAGAUUGCCAACCCUCAUAUCCGCUUCCCUACGCUCGCCGCCAAUAUCCGCUCCCGCCGGGGCCGGAAGGUGCAGGUGAACGUGCCGGUCUUCAGGGACGAGAAGACCCCCUGGCCAUGGAGAGACCCCACUGUCAACUACGACCUACACCAGUGGCCCGAGGACGAUGAUGUUCGGAAUGGCGCCGCACCGGAUAACUUCAUCCACAUGGAUGCCAUGGCGUUUGGCAUGGGCAGCUGCUGUCUGCAGAUCACGUUCCAGGCCAAGAACUUGACCGAGGGCAGGCAGAUGUACGACCAGCUCAGCCCCCUCGGGCCCAUCAUGUUGGCAUUGACGGCUGCGACGCCGGUGUACAAGGGGUUCCUAGCGGAUACAGAUGUAAGGUGGAAUCAGAUCAGCAAGGCAGUGGACGACCGAACGGCUGAAGAGUUGGGCGAGAAGCCCCUUGUGAAUGACCGCUGGCGGAUUCCCAAGUCACGCUACGCUUCCAACUCGACCUACAUCUCGGAGGAUCCCCGACUGCGGCCCGAGUACCUCGACCCGGACCUUGUCAUCGACGAGAACAUCAAGCGGCAGCUUCUCGACGGCGGUAUGGACGACAGACUGGCCACCCACUUUGCCCAUCUCUUCAUCCGCGACCCCAUCGUCAUCUUCAACGAAGACCUCAAGGAGCUCGACCUAAACAAGACGGACCACUUCGAGAACAUCCAGAGCACCAAUUGGCAGCACAUGCGCUUUAAGCCGCCGCCGGCCGACAACAGCAUCGGGUGGCGGGUCGAGUUUCGCCCGAUGGAAAUCCAAAUCACCGAUUUUGAGAACGCGGCCUUUUCCGUCUUCAUGGUCCUCGUCACGCGCGUCAUCCUCAGCUUCGACCUGAACUUCUACAUCCCCAUCAAAAAGGUCGACGAGAACAUGGAAACCGCCCACGCCCGCGAUGCCGUGUUAACCCGCAAGUUCUACUUUCGCCGCAACCUCUUCCCCGCCACGCGCAAGUCCCGCAGCCCAGGCUCGGGCACCUCGACGCCCAUCCCCAGCCGCCCGCCCACUCCGACAGGGCCCGUCGAGGACGAGUACCGCCUCAUGAGCAUCAACGAGAUCAUCAACGGCACCGCCUACGCCAGGGCAACAACCUCCUCCUCCUCCGUGCCAGAGCCCGAGGAAGACGAAGAUGAGGACUUCCCCGGCCUGAUCCCCCUCGUCGAGAGCUACCUCGACUCGGUCAACGUCGACGUCGUCACGCGCUGCGAACUGGCCACGUACCUGGACCUGAUCCGCAAGCGCGCCAGCGGCGAGCUGUGGACGGCCGCGAGGUGGAUCCGGCACUUUGUCGCGCGCCACCCGGCGUAUCAGCGGGAUAGUACGGUCGGGGAGAGGAUUACGAGGGAUCUGGUCGAGGCGGUGGUCAAGAUUGGGCAGUGCGAGGCGAGCGGGGAGAGGUUUAGGGGGCUGUGUGGCGAGGAGGUGCCUUUGUUGGAGAAGCUUUUGGCCGGGUUUCGGUGAUGGCGUUUCUAUGGGCAGGGGGCGAUGUGAUGGACGGAAGGGGGUAGGCCGCCUUUGAGGGGUUAGAAAAGAGUUUGAAGCAUAGAGCGUUAUCUGAGCAGGCUGAGGGGUGGGAGGAGUGAGGUGAUCUUGCGGUGUUGAAACGCGUUUGUUUUGGGCUGCUAAGGAGGUGGAAAUCUGCGUUAUUUUCUUCUUUUCCUAUUUC